AUGGUUAAAGUGUUGUGUGUUGCUGAGAAGAACAGCAUCGCGAAAAACGUCGCCCAGAUUCUCUCGGGAGGAAGGUCCACCAUGCGGCCCUCCACCUCCCCCUACAUCAAAAAUUACGACUUCCAAUACGAUUUCCAAUGGCUCAACAUGGGAAGGUGCAAUGUGACGAUGACUGCUGUGGCGGGCCAUCUGAUGAACCUCGCUUUCCCGCAACGCGAAUUCGGCUGGGGCAAGUGCGACCCAAACGCGUUGUUCGAUGCGCCCACCAUUGACGAGAUGGACGACAAGAUCGUCAAGAAUCUCCAGAACGAGGGUCGUCACGCUACACAUUUGAUGAUUUGGACCGAUUGCGAUCGCGAGGGCGAGUGUAUCGGCUGGGAAAUUGUCCAAGCGGUGGGUCGAUCAAACCCUAGACUCGUAUCACAGGGCCAGGGUCAAGGGUACGGCCAGAGCUCAGCCAUAUACAGGGCAGUCUUCUCACAUUUGGAUCCCUCUCAUAUCAUAUACGCGGCAAACAACCCGCGCUCUCUCGACCAGCGACAGGUCGACGCCGUAAGGGCGCGACAAGAGAUCGAUCUACGAGCCGGCCUCGCCUUCACUAGACUCCUCACGGGAAGCUACAGGUCCCUGCUCCAGUCGGACCACGAGUAUAUCCAGCUCGCCAAAAAAUCAGAUAAACCUAUCAUCUCCUAUGGUACUUGUCAGUUCCCAACCCUUGGUUUCGUCGUUGAUAGGUACGAACGUGUUGUCAACUUCGUUCCAGAACAGUUCUGGCACAUUACACUCUCGGUAAAGGAUACAGACGGCUCGGAUAGUAAGGUGAAGUUUCAGUGGGAAAGAGGACAUCUCUUCGAUAGACUCGCAGUGCUUACCAUUUACGAAUCCUGCAUAGAAAAAAGUGAAGAUAAGGCAAAAGUUAUCCACGUCUCGUCAAGAGAAACGAAAAAGUAUAGGCCCCUACCACUUACCACCGUUGAACUCCAAAAGAAUUGCUCCCGUUUCUUCAAAUUAAGCGCUAAGAAAACUUUAGAUGCCGCUGAAAAGUUGUACCAACAGGGCUUCAUCUCUUACCCAAGAACAGAAACAGAUAAGUUUCCAACAAAAACUGACCUUAAGUCUUUGCUAGCCAAACAUAAGGAUCACAGCGAAUGGGGGUCAUACGUUGAAAACCUCUUGGACGAAAACUCACAAAGUACAAACAAAUUUCAGUGGCCCAGAGCAGGUUCUCACGACGAUCAAGCGCAUCCUCCGAUCCAUCCCAUCCUGUGUGUUGACAUAUCUAGAUCAGACAACAGAAUGUCAUCAGAUGAAAAGACAGUUUAUAACUACGUCGUAAAGCAUUUCCUGGCUUGUUGCUCCACUGAUGCAAGAGGCAGAUCUACUACACUUCGGUUGAACUGGGGUGACGAAACGUUCUACGCAAACGGAAUCCAAGUGUUGGAAAGGAACUUUCUCGACAUAUACCAAUGGGCAGAUUGGAAAUCAAACGAUACUUUGCCCGCGUUCCAAAUGAACGAUCAAGUCAUCGUGUCAAAAACAGAAAUGAAAUCAGGCCAAACUUCCCCUCCAAAACAUAUGACAGAAAGUGAGUUGAUUAUGCUCAUGGAUGCCAACGGAAUUGGCACAGAUGCUACUAUUGCAGACCAUAUAGAAAAGAUCAAAUCGAGAAAUUAUAUUAAAGUACAAGCCGGAUCUGGAUCUGGUGCUAAAAAAUCUAAUGCUGUAUUCAUACCCACUUCAUUGGGCCGUUCACUGGUUCAUGGUUUUGAAAAAAUUGGUCUUGAAGAAUCAUUCUCAAAACCUUUCUUAAGAAGAGAUUUGGAACAAGAUCUGCAAAGAAUAUGUGGCGGAAGUAAAGAAAAGAAAGAGGUUGUUUCGAUGAUUAUCGAAAUGUAUAGAAAUUAUUAUCAAAUCACAACUAACCAGAUGGGAAACCUCAUAAAGGUUUACAACGACAUUAAGGCAGAAAGUCAAGCUCAUAUAGCCCAGCGGAAUAGGGCAAGUUAA